UCCUCCAUUCAUAGCUCACAGUCUGCCUCUUUUUCGCUCUCUGUCUGCUGUGGACCAGACUCUCUCCUCACACUCCUUCACUUCCACACUGCACCUCUCUUAUUCCAACUUCAAGGGCUUCCAUCUGGAUCUCAGUCCUUUACAUUUCAUUACUUUUUUCUGGAGGGGGAGGGUCCCUCUUGGAAAGCGCUGUGUGUGUUUGGCACUGUGUGGACAUCAAUUUAUCGUGCCCUCAUCAUUAAACCAAGGAACCAAACUGACCACCAUGAAUGUUCAGCUGCUGAUCUUGUUGGCCUUCUGUGCCUUCACACAUGCGAGUCCUACAGUCCUGCCGACUGGCCAUGAUGUUGCAGCGACUGACUCCAUAGCGGACGUCACUUUAGAUGCCACAGUGCCCAACAAAGACCUUGACGUGAUCACAGGACUGCCAUCAACUCAUCCAAUGACAGCUGAACAAGAUGUGGUGGGCGUUACAACUGCGAUGCCCUCUCCUCAGAUGACGACCGGUGCAGAGGAACCUGUGGUCGAGACAGAAACCCUCGCGCCAGUUGCUACCGAGGCACUGAAACCCCUUAUCACCGACGCCCCUGCUGUGGAAACCGCCCCCACGGCGGCCCCUGAAGAGGCUGAGGUCAUUCCUCACUGGACAGAGGCUGUCAAGGCCAACACGCUCAAUGAGGUGGUUGUUGAAGACAAUGCAGAGGAAGGUCUUAGCUCGGGCCAGGUCGUAGGAAUCGUGAUCGGUGCCCUGUUGGCUGUUAUUAUCAUCAUUGCUGUGGUGAUUGCUGUCGUGAGGAGGAUGGGAAAAUACUCGUCUGCCAGAAGCAAAAAGACAGCAAAAAAAGAAAGCCCCCUGAAGAAGAAUAAGACCAAGGACACCAAGCAGCGGGAGCCGUCAAAGUUCUGGAAAGUCUGAACAACUAAACUGUGAUGUCAAAUACAAUAGUUAAAACGAAACAAAGCAAAAAAAAAUUGUAACACCAGAACUAAAUGAUUCUAAGCAGGACUCAGAAGCGUUGCCUAAAAAAGGUGGGAAGAUCGUCUGUGUAAAGUACUAUAUACAGUAUAUGGUACAGUAUGUUGGUAAAGAUAACUCAGACAUCCCACUAAUUUACCUCCAUGACUACAAAAGAAAUGGAGCGAUUCAUAUAAACACAAUGGAAAAAUACAUUUCACAAAAAGACGUGAUCUGGCAUCAACGCUAUAGUGAUAAAGUGAUUAGAUUAGAUUUUUUUGUUUUUUGUUUUUUUUUCAUUUGAGAAUGGGGAAACUUACUUUGAGACAUUCAUCAAGCUGUUAGUUAGGGUACGUCUUAGUUUAAGAAAAUGACUUCAAGACGAGGAAUAAAGUUUCUUUUUUUUUUUUUUUUUUUUUAA